AUGGUUCCUCUUCAUUAUCUUCUAUUAGCCCUCGCUAGCCCCCGGGCAGUGCUCUCCGCGAGCUCAAUUGAAGUCGAUACCAGUUCACUUUUGCAACAGAUCCAUGGCUUCGGCUUUUCUCAAGCAUUUGGGCGCGCCAGCGAAUUCAAGGCUGCCGACGAUGAUCUGCAGCAGCAGGCUCUGGAUCUCUUAUUCAAUACGGAGGUCGGGGCUGGAUUCAGCAUUAUCCGGAACAAUAUUCCAUCUACGUCUGGGAGCACCAUUGAGCCAAACUCCCCUGGUUCGCCAUCAGCCACGCCCAAUUACACAUGGACCGGUGACGACGCCGGACAAGUGUGGUUUACCAAGCAAGCUGUUUCUUAUGGCGUGUCGACUGUCUAUGCGAAUGCCUGGAGCGCACCGGGGUUUAUGAAAACAAGUGGAGACGAGGCAACACCAGGAUAUCUUUGUGGAACAAACGGCCAUGAUUGUACCUCAGGGGACUGGAGACGAGCCUACGCGAACUAUCUUGUUCAGUAUGUCAAGUUUUACAAGUCCGAAGGGCUGGACAUCACCCAUUUAGGGUUUCUGAACGAGCCUGACUGGGAAACUGGCUAUUCACAAAUGCAGAUCAGUCCGAAUGCAACGGAGGCGAUCUCGUUCAUCCCAAUUUUAUACGAUGCUGUCCAGAAUACUAGCCUAGAUUUAAACAUCACAUGCUGCGAUGCCGUCGGCUGGUCCGACCAAGAAACUUACACAACAGCGCUUAUAGCUGCAGGAAUGGACAAAUAUCUCAAUGUGAUCACAUCCCACAUGUACACCAGCGAUGCUACCUCCGCUCUCAACACAAGCCUACCCACAUGGAUUACCGAAUCCGGCGUCGAAACCAGCGAUGCCCCCUUUACCACCACAUGGUACGACUCUGGCUCCCCUAAUGAAGGCAUGGUCUGGGCAAAUAAGCUCGCAACAGGCUUCAUCGACGCUGGACUUUCCGCGUAUCUGUUCUGGGAGGGCUUCGAGAUCAACGAGACCCAAUCAGCGAGCCACCUAGUUGACUUGGGCUCUGACGGCGAGGCUGAGGGCUCUGCGAUAUUGUAUGCAUUUUCCAUGUGGUCACGUUUCAUCCGUCCCGGGGCUCGCAGGGUCUCGACCAUCGGAUCGCUUGAGAAUGUAGCAACGGCGGCUUUUAUUAACUCGGAUGACUCGGUGGUUGUUGUUUUGACGAAUAGUGGUGAUGUGGCGCAGACUGCUCGAAUUGGGUUUCCUGCUGAACUAGAUGCCGCGGAUGCUUGGGUUACUGAUAACAAGCACCAGGUUGCAGUGACGAAUGUCACUGCAAGUGGUGCCAAUGCCGAGGUCGUUGUUCCAGCACAAGGCGUGGUCACCAUCAAGGUCAAUUAA